AUGUCAAAAAAGGGAAGGAAUGUUUUUCAAAGUGUCAGUUUACUGGUCUUAUUCGGAGUAUAUCAAACCAAUGCACAAUACGUGGUGGACGUGAUGCGAACGACGUCAUUCGGUGAAGAAGAAUUGGUGCACAAAUGUGCUGCGACGGGUGGAAAUUUCGGGUUAGACGUUGGCGAAUUCAUCAUCACCGAGACAAAUCUGGGUUGUGGAGUUAGUGUCGAACCAGCCGAUGCAUGUGGACCAGUUCGGAUAGCAUCCAACCAAACCACCCGAUGCCAUAACCUUUUUGCAUUCGUCUCCCGAAGUGAUUAUGCGCAUCCAUGCAAGUUUUCGCAUCAAGCAUAUAUGGUUCAAAACUCAACAUAUCCAUUCCGACUAGUGAUAUUCUACAAUUAUCCUGGACAGGAUCCAAUCACAAUGGAGGGUACUGAACUUCGCGACAAAGUCUACAUUCCGGUCGUCAUGAUUUCACACGCGUGUAAAGAAGAGAUCGUUAAAAAGUAUUCGGAUACAGCCGGGUAUCGCCUGCGAGUCCGCAUCGAUCCAGGCUACUACGAAUUGUUCCGCUACUUGAUUCCAUUCCUUGUUGUCAUUGUCUUCUGCUUCGCCCUUUUCCUUAUUACACUGUGCGUUCGUGGUUGCGUGGAAAGGAGGAAAUUGAACAGACGACGUCUCUCCAAGCGAAAUCUCAAAAAGAUUCCAGUGAAAAAAUACCGAUUAGGUGAUGAUCCAGACACAUGUGCCAUUUGUCUGGAAAGCUUUGCUCCUGGAGAGAAGCUUCGACAUUUGCCAUGUAGGCACGUAUUCCACUGCAAAUGCAUCGACGUGUGGCUGACACAGACCCGCAAAAUUUGUCCUCUGUGCAAGAGGAAAAUAGGAUCAGACUCUGAUAGCGAGUGCUCCACAAGUGAUCUUGCAAGUACUUCGCAAGCUCCACAUGAUUCGGUGGCGUUGUACAGUAGUUCACAGGAUCAUUCGGGAUUUGAUGAGAUCCCGGUGCCCACACCUCAAAUGCUCGAUUUGUGGAGUUCGCAAGAGGCUCUAGUCGACCGCGAUAUUGUGCUGCUCAACACCACCAGACGAUCGAUAACUGGAUUUGUUCGCAACGCAUUCCGAAAGCUCAGGCAUGCUCCAAGACCUGGUACCGAGUUGAAUCAAGCUGGCCUUGAACACGGAUCCUACCUUGUGAGACAACAACCACAGUCUAACGAUAGUGAUCAUUUGUUGGAGAAUGAAGUCUCCGACCCAACUACAAACUCUGAAGUAAACGUUCCUGCCUCUCAGGAACUCAUAGUCCCAUCAUGUGCCAUGUCACCCCCAAAUACGGAUAACAACUCAGUUGAAGCAUCUUCUAGUCCAUCUGAACCUUGUCAAUAA